AGACCCGUUAGACUAUAUUUGCCACCCAUUUUUUUGAGACCAGUACAUCUUCACUUUUUUAUACAUAUGAUCCAAUCUCUCUCUUUCUCCUUCACAUGUUCAUUGAGAUUCAACAUAUCUAUGGCAGAGGCAAAACUAAGGUAUGCUGUUGUUACUGGAGCAAACAAAGGAAUAGGAUUUGAGACUGUUAAAGAGUUGGCCUCAAAUGGAGUGAAGAUGGUGCUCACAGCCAGAGAUGAGAAGAGAGGCCAUGAAGCCAUUGAGAGAUUGAAAGGGUGUGGUCUCUCUCACUUGGUGAUUUUUCAUCAACUUGAUGUCACUGACUCUGCUAGUAUUGCUUCACUAGCAGAGUUUGUUAAGACCCAGUUUGGGAAACUUGAUAUCUUGGUGAACAAUGCAGGAAUCAGUGGUGCCAAUCCGUAUGAAGUGGAGGGUUCAACGUUUAAGUGGGAGGAUGUGACUCAAACUUAUGAGAUGGCUGAGCAGUGCCUAACAACAAACUACUAUGGUGCAAAGCAAGCAGCUGAGGCAUUUCUUCCCCUUCUGCAGUUAUCUGAUUCACCUAGGAUUGUUAAUGUUUCCUCCCAAGCAGGCCUGUUAAAGUGCAUAGCAAAUGGAUGGGCAAAAGGGGUGCUUGGUGAUGGUGAAAAUCUUACAGAAGAGAGAAUAGAUGAGGUACUAAAAGAGUUUCUCAAAGACUUCAAAGAAGGUUUACUAGAAAACAAUGGCUGGCCAACCAUCUUGAGUGCCUAUAGGGUCUCAAAAGCAGCCUUGAAUUCUUACACAAGGAUUCUUGCAAAGAAGCAUCCAAAUAUGUGCAUUAAUUGUAUGUGUCCUGGUUUUGUCAAAACAGACAUAAACAGAAACACUGGCAUCUUAUCUGUUGAAGAAGGUGCUGCUAGUGUUGUGAGAUUAGCACUGCUACCUGAUGGUUCCCCUUCUGGCCUCUUCUUUAUUAGGGGGGAGCUUUCAAACUUGUAAAUGAUUGUGGCGGUAUUACUACAAUCAUGCAGAUAAAUGAAUAAGCAGAUGACAGAAUGUGCCUCUUGCUGACAGUUUUGGGUCUUUGACCCUUAUAUGUGUCAUUGUGAAUUGUUGAGGAAUAUUUGCAAGUUGGACCUUUAUUUUCUCAGGUUUUUCAGCAUAGUCAAAGUUCCUAUUUGCCAUGUUUUAAAGUUUUCUUAGACUAUCAUGUUUUAACACGUUUAGCACAUCUAAUUUUGUAUAUUUAUUACCGUAUGUGUUUAUUUUUUAUUAAAUUUUUAUUUUUGU